AUGUCGCGGAUCCCAAACCAAACGAUGGACGUCGCGGAAACACCAUUGAAACGAGGCAGAGAUCGUCCUCGUAAAGACCCCAGCGGUGAUGCAUCUUCGACGCCAGGUACACUCAAGACGUGCAUCCCAAGGCAACUGGGCUCUCCCACGACGGCACCUGCCUCGAAGCGAAAGGCAAAAGCGUCAACGGAGGUGAUAGACUUGGCUGAAGAUGAUGACGCUUCUCUUUUGAAGAAGCGAAACGAGAAGAAACGACUGGCGGAUGUGGUCAACGUCACGAGUCCGCCAUUGCGUACCGCAUCGCUGUCGACAGCAAUGGUUGACUUGACUCAAGAUGACGACGCCCCAAAUACAAAGAAGCGUACCAAGAAAGUUGCAGCAAAGAAGAAACAGCCAGACGGAGCCGAGGUCACGAACCCGCCACUCCCUGCCCACUUGUCCGACCUCCUUGCAUCUGGAGGUCUUCGAAGCCUCGCAACAAUCAACUUAGGUGGUGCGUCCGCUGCCCCGACAAAUGAUGCAGAGGAAGUCAUCGAAGUCGAAACCCCACAGGCACCGGAACAGGUGCUGCUCGGGUCGUUCAAGCAUAAAAUCGUUGGCAUUCAACAUUAUACUGGUCGUGUGGGGAAAAAGGAAGCUGUGUCUUUGGUGCGUCAGCCGGCCAACCAAUACGACCGUAAUGCCAUUGCGGUGUUCAACUUGUCUGGGGUUAUGGUCGGCCAUCUUCCCCGGGAUUUGGCCGCCGUGUCUGCACCUUUCUUGGACAAUGGCAUCAUGACUAUUGAAGGCGUGUGCCCUUCUCCUCCUGGAACAUACACGAUGCCGAUUUUGCUCUCUGUGUAUGGCCAAGAGGCCAACCGGGACCGAGUCAUGCAUGCGUUGAAGCACUUCGGCUUGGUACCGCCCAAGGCCGGUGCUUCUUCUGGAAAUGUCACGGGGCUCAAGGGCAAAAGUCGCUUUUCUCUCGACGAUAAGGAUUCACUUUUUGCCGGGGAAGUGGACGUGGUCCAACUGCCUUUGUUGCCUUUGUCGAAGCUUCCCUCAUCCCUUCGAUCGACGCUUCUACCCCAUCAACUACAAGCUCUUCAAUGGAUUCAUCAGCGCGAAAAUCCUUCUUUUGAAGUGACAUCGUCGAUCCAAUUGUGGCGAUGCGUCAAAGAAGGAUACGGCAAGCCGUAUUUCGUCAACGAAGCCACCCACACCGAGCAAUACAUCACGCCGGAGCUCUGCCGCGGCGGAAUCUUGGCGGACGACAUGGGUCUUGGUAAAACGCUAACAAUGUUGGCUUGGAUUGUGGCUUCUCGCCAUCACUCCAAGGCGAAGCAAGCCACGUUGAUUGUGUGCCCCUUGUCUGUGGUACAGAAUUGGCAGCAUCAAGCCAAAGACCACUUCGACCCUGGUGCUCUGAAGCUAUUUCUCCACCACGACAAGACACGUCUCGGUAGCACGGCCGACGCGCACGCAUAUGACGUUGUAUUGACCACAUAUGGGACCAUGGCGUUGGAGGCGGAAAACGAAGGACCGCUGCGCCGCACGAAGUGGGAGCGCGUGGUGCUUGACGAAGGCCACCUAAUCAAGAGCAAGAACACAAAAAUGUUCAAAGCUGCGUCUCAGCUCGACGCGACGAGUCGAUGGGUAUUGAGUGGCACGCCCAUCACCAACAAGAUCGAUGACUUGGCUGCUUUGGUUUCAUUUCUCCGCUACAAACCGUUUGACGAUGUGUACUGGUGGAAUCGUAGCAUUGGAAGGCCGUUGAAACGAGAAGAGCCCGAUGGCAUUCGAAUUGUCAAAGCUCUUAUGAAAGAUGUCGCCCUAAGGCGCACCAAAGGCAUGAGGCAAGCAAACGGACUGCCCAUGGUGGCCCUUCCACCCUGCACAGUUUAUUCCUAUCCCAUUACCCUCAACUCGGACGAGCGUGCCAAGUACGACGAGCUUGAAACUGCUGCAAAACGUCGCAUCCAACAACUCCUCGAGACCAACUCGUUUGAGAAACAGUAUGCCACCGUGCUCGAAAUGAUGAUGCGGUUGCGCCAAACGUGCGACCAUUUGAGUCUGUGUCCGUCGCACUACUUGAGAAAAUUGCUUGCGGGGCCAGACACGCAAUCGGAGGUGAACUACUCCUCCGAAUCGGUUCAGAGUUUAGUGGAAAUCUUGCAAGAAGCUAUCAACAGCGGUGAAGAAUGUGCUAUUUGCAUGGACCCAUUGAAAGACGCAGUGAUCACCAUGUGCCGACACUUCUUUUGCCGUCCAUGUAUCUCAUGUGCGCUGCAAGUAAAACCGAGCUGUCCGAUGUGUCGACAAGACGUUCAAGCAUCGCAGUUGGUCGCAGACGUGUCCCCACCAUCGCCUGUUGACCAAACGACACUCGACGACGUUGUGCCGAGUUCCAAGAUGGAAGCGCUGAUCAAAUUGCUUCGAAUGACCCCGAAACACGUCAAGUCGGUCGUGUUUAGCCAGUGGACGUCGAUGCUUGCGAUCACAAAGAAAGUUCUUGAAGCCAAUGGUAUUUCGUGCAUCACGUACGAUGGGUCCAUGUCUCGAGCCACACGCGACGAGAAUUUGACGGCGUUCAAGGAACACGACGACGCAACCGUGCUCCUCAUGUCAUUGAAAUGUGGAUCCAUGGGUUUGAAUAUCACGGAGGCAUGCCAAGUGUUCCUGCUGGACCCGUGGUGGAACACUGCGAUUGAAAACCAAGCGAUUGACCGAGUGUUUCGGUUGGGGCAAACGUCUCCCGUCCACGUGUUCAAGUUUAUUGUUCAACACACCAUUGAGGAACGUGUGGUGGCCAUUCAACUGGAGAAAACGUCGUGGAUCCAGCAAGCGUUUCAAGGAAUCAAAGGGGCAUCCGACAGCGCCGUCCAGGAGAAGCGCUUGGAUGUUGCGUCGCUGUUUCAAUUGGACAUGUUCAAGAGCUAGAUGAAACAAAGAUUGUGCAUAUCUAUGGGCUAGACACGAGCAAAAGUCUCGUCCAGGAAAGACGUUUGCAUUGCCAUCUCGUCCCAAGCGAAAACACUCUACCGAGGACGCCGAGUGGUUUUGCAUGGUU